AUGGAUGGUAUUAAAGAACACUUAAUACCCAAGAGAUUUAGCAUCUUAUCCUACAUAUGUGUGAUCAUCCAUCUUUCCUGUGGAGUGAUAUUUACAGCAAUUACCACGGCUCUGAAACUCAGCGAGAUGGAAAAGUUCAGUUGUGCUGUUGAUACAAAAUAUGCUACGCACAAAAGUUACGUCGAAAAAACGUGUUUUUCAAUCUACGACGACGAGUACAACUCUGACAUGAAAUUAUUUGGUUUCGUUCUGCUCAAUUUUGGUUCUGUUGUUGUUGUGAGUGUCGUUUAUUCGCUUGCUGUUGGCAAUCGUAUCAAACAAGCAGAAAGAUUCUCAAGCGGAAGUGAUGAACCUCAAACAGUCGCCAAGAAAAGAAACAAUGAACAAGGUAGAAAAACCUUUUAUGUUUUCAAUUUCUAUUUGUUCCACCUUGUGGCUCGUUCAAUGCUCUGUAUAUUAUUCACAAUCCUACAGCAUACUGUAUUAUAUCCGAGUGGUUUUGAUUCACAAUUCAGUUGUAAUUACCCCAAAUUGAGUUCAACGCACUCAAACACGACUAAAGCAAAGAAUACAAGCGGCGCCAAGCUAUCUAGUGUAAGAUGCACGAACUCGGCUGCCCAGGAUAAAGAAUCUUUAUUGGUUGCUUUGUCGUUAUUUAAUGGCAUUUUUAGUAUAAUUGCCAUGGCGGAGUUUAUUUAUCUACUAGUGAAGCGAUUUUCCCGUUCCAUUCCUCAAGCUUGGUCAUGUGAUUUGGAAUUUAUUAUUGAGUAUUUUCUUCGAGAGCAAUACGUACCUGAUGAGGUUGAGUUGAUCAGCAUAAGCAAUUGUACCCCGAACAGUCGUGACAUUGAAAAGCGAAAGGUUUUACAGCUAGGUCUCACACCAGACAUAAAUUAUGGUUCAAAUAAUACACCUUUGGAAGACAUGUUCAUAGACGUUGUUAUACAAACUGAACAAGCCCCACACAAGUUUUCCAAAGGAAUGGAAAGGCAUGAGAUCUAUGAUGUUUAUAUGAAAGUUCCCAAAGAUUCAAUACACCUGAAAGAGAUUAAGGAAUUAUUUUAUCCCAACAAGGAUACUAAAAGCAAAAUCCCUUCCACCAUUUUGGUGAUCGGACGUCCUGGAAUUGGAAAAACUGUUCUGACCAGAAAAAUCAUGCGUGAUUGGGCAAAAGGAGAUGAUGAAAUUUAUCACAAUAAGAUCGCUUUUUACUUAAAAUUCAGAUGGUUCAACUUUGCCACAAUAAAAAAUGUAACACUCGUGAAAUUUCUUCAGUUUGGAACAGAACUGAAUGAAGAUGAAAUCGAAAGUAUUUUUGAAGAAAUUUGGAAAAAUCCACGAAUGGCUAUCUUCGUUUUUGACGGUUUAGAUGAAUUUCAUGCAAGCCAUGGAAGUUUUCUGAAUGUUCUAGAUCAGUCAAGAAUGUUCCCCAAUGACGAUGUUUCUUGUUCCAUGUCUGCAAUGAUUUGGUUUGUGAAAAUCUUGUCUGGCGACAUGUUACCAGGGGCAACAGUCUUGGUGACCAGCAGGCCGACUGUGAAUGAUGUUUUGUGCAAAAUGAAAUUUGACAGAACUGUUGAGAUAGUUGGGUUCACAUCAGAUAAAAUUGAACAGUAUGUUAAACAAUUUUGUGCUAAUCAUAACAGGUGCGAUCUAGAAGCAACGCUAUUGGGUCAUAUUAAAUCAUCAUCCGAACUGAUGAAUUUAUGCUACAUUCCAGUGAAUUGUUUUAUUGUUUGUGUUUGUCUGUUCGAAUGUCUCAUUGACUCAGAGGGUGAUAUUGGUGCUCUACCAACUACUUUGACUGAACUGUACGAGUUGGCAUUAGUCUACUUCAAUGAGCAUCAUGACCGAAAUCAAAGCAAAGAAGAAGUUUUAAAGCGACUUCAACAGUUGGCUUUCAAUGGUAUGAAAAAUGAUGAACUGAUUUUCAUUGGAAAGCUAGUCGAUGAGAAAAUGAAAGGAUCAGGAUUACUAAACUCUUUACCUAAUCCAAUUUUUCAAAUUCAAAUACAGGUUUGCUUCAUUCAUUUAACUAUACAAGAAUUUCUCGCGGCGAAGCAUAUAGUGGAAACAAAAACACCUGAAGAAGUAAAAGAAUUUAUUACUUCGCAUUUCAAGCAUGGCAGAUGGCAUCUGGUGCUUCAAUUUCUAGCUGGAUUAUUGGGAGGGAAAAUGAGGACGUCUGAUGACUUUGAUCAAUACAGAAGCUGUGUGUUGUCGUUCAAGAAAUAUCUUGCAAUUGGAGGCACUAUGUACAACAUUGAAGCAAAUAUUUUGGUGAUGAAAUGUUUGAGGGAAGCGCAGGACGAAGAUGUUGCUGCAAACACUGCUUUGAAAGAUGUGACUACGAUAUGGUGUUUUUCUUUAGAUAUACCACUUCUCUCCACAAGCGAUGUGUCAGCAAUGGUGUUCGUUUGCAAACACUUGGACUUUUUAAAUUGCCUAGUCAUUACACGGGUAUCCAGUGCUUGUUUGAUGGAAGCUUUUAAAUUGCUGCAUGGAAGAUGCCUAAAGUCACUGAUUGUAGAAGAUUGUAAUCUUCACGACAUGGGUGUGAAGCGUUGUGCUACUGCGUUGACAUCUGAAUGUCAGCUGAAUCACAGUCAUUCUAAGCUUACCAAGUUACGUUUGUCUUACAACAGUAUUACUGAUGUCGGAGUGGCGUAUCUGAACGAUUUUCUCCAAAAUAGCCAUAAAGUCUGUUUGGAGGAUUUAGACAUCUCGCAUAAUCACAUUACUUCACGCGGAAUUCCUACACUUUUAGAAUUUCUCAGCGUCGAAGUUUGUAACCAGCUUACAGAACUUAAUCUUUGUUGGAAUAAUUUAGGUGAUAAGGGCGUUCGUUUUCUUUGUAGCGUAUUUCGAGAAAGACGGUUGAAGCUGAAAAAGUUAAAUCUAUCCGGAUGUUCUUUAACCAAUGAAAGCGUACCCUGCCUGGUAGAGCUUAUCAGUGACGAACACUGUCAAAUAACUGACUUAGAAAUCGGUGAUAGUAAAAUAGGUGAUAAAGGAAUGGAGAUGUUGUUUGACGUUUUCCGACAAGAAACAUGUAAGAUUACUACGUUGAAUAUUAGCUCGUGUUAUUUAACAGAAAAAAGCAUGGUUGCCUUGGGUGAUGCUGUCAAUGAAGGAAAAUGUGGACUAAAGAUAUUAAAUCUUAGCGGUAAUAAGAUAAGAGAUGAAGGUAUGCAGAUCUUGUGCAGUUUUCUUGAACAAGGAACAUGUCCUCUCACCAGAUUGAACGUUUCCAGUUGUUCGUUAACAGACGAAUGCAUGCCGAUCUUGUGCCAGGCUCUCGGAGAUAAGCGAUGUAAACUCACUAGGUUGGAUGUAGGUUACAAUGGAAUCACAGACAAACAUUUUUCAUUACUCUCAGACACUCUGAAACUUCAGAAUUGUUGUCUGAAAUAUUUAAAUAUUGUAUGCGUUACUACUACUAAAGCGGGUAAAAAUAUCCUUAAUGAAACGAUGCAAUCUGAUAUCUGCAAAGAACGAGGUUUAGACAUUUCCUAUUAAAAACAAUUGUGAGACAACACAUAUUAAAAUGUAGUAACGUAACGUUUCAUCGGAGAUCAUAACUUUGGUUGAUCCUCAAAGAAGUCGCAGAUAAUUAUAUAUUUUAUCAGAUAA